CUUCGUAAUUUUCUUUAAUUCCUCACCAUCCCAUCCCAUGAUUUCAUUGAACUAAAACAAAAAAAACAGCCAAAUUGAAAAUUGAAACGAAAAAUUAGAAAAAAAAAAAUGAGAAACUUACGGUUUUUUUGUUCUCAUUUAAGUCGAAUCCAGAAAACUCUUCAUCAAAAUCCAAGCAUUUUCUCUUCCAUCCAAUCUUUAAACAACAUUAACCUUACUUUCACACGAAAUUACAACACCCCAUCACAGGAACCCACCAAACAAGCUCCUUCCGAAAAUGUCGCCGCAAUCGUCGAUGAACUCACUAGUUUGACUCUGCUCGAGGUCAUGGACUUAACCGAAGUCCUCCGCCAAAAAAUGGAUGUUAAAGAGAUGCCAAUCAUGGCAGUGAUGAUGCCAGGGAUGGGAUUUGGUGGGGCCAUGAAAGGAGCCGGGAAAGGCGGGGCUGGUGGGCCCGGGAAAGGGGAAGAGAAGAAGGAGGAAAAGAUGGUUUUUGAUGUGAAGCUUGAAGGGUUCGAUGCGGCGGCUAAGAUUAAGGUGAUUAAGGAAGUUAGAGGGUUUACGGAUUUGGGAUUGAAAGAAGCUAAAGAUUUGGUGGAAAAGGCGCCUACUUUGUUGAAGAAAGGGGUUACUAAAGAGGAAGCUGAGAAGAUUAUUCAGAAGAUGAAGGAUGUUGGAGCGAAAGUCUCCAUGGAGUGAGACUUCUCUGAGGAAAAUGGGACAAAGAAUAAGUGUCAGGCAUUUGCGAAUGGUUUGUUAAAAUGCAGAUUGACUGAUAUUGAUGUAUAAUUGACAGGAUUACUGUCAGGUGAAGGAGAUCAAUUCAGGGGUUUAUUGACAAAGCUAGAACAUUCUUUGAAAUUUUGAUUUGCUGCGUAGCUGAGUUGAUAUUUUGUUUUCAUUUUCAUCGGUCAUCAUUAUAAUUUCUUAAUGAUUGUAAAUCACCUGUUGUAGAACUAAAUUUUGAUGAUAGAUGCACUUCACAAACCAUCGUUUCGAUUUUCCCGUGAUGAAUUUCUGUGAAUCUUUACUGGCUACUGCUAUGAAUCAGUUGUAUCCUGGAACAGAGAUAAAUGUCAAAUAAAGUGAAAAGAAAAAAAAAUCAUUGGAGACUGGAGUUGUCUAUUUGUUGUUCAACUUCGAUUAGGACCAGGUUGUGUCGCUUUAUUACUCAAGUCAAUUUGUGGUAAAAGUGUUUUAACCAAAUCAUAAGACAUAUACAGCCGAAGAACAAACAUGUUUUAUGUGUUCAAUUCACCUCAAACAUGUUCAGCUGUUCACAAUCUGGGAAGCGUUUUUUCUUUUUUUGGUCCAGCAGAAGCAUUUCUGAUGCCAAACAAUAAAAGUUGUUAAGGUUUGGGCAUUUUUAUCAAGCAAAUUCAAUCUCUUGGUUAGACUUGGACAAAUACUCCAAAAGCUCUCUUCCGAUUAGACCUUCAUGGAUUAUAAUUAGUUAAAGACAGAAGGCCCAAAAAGAAACCAAG